AUGGAAGCGAGGUUAGUAUUCAGUGACUAUAUUGUUCGCCUCUGUCUUUUGUCCCUCUCCUUUAUGCGCCGGUUGAUUUUCCUCUUCCCGUUGGAUGGCAAUGUCGUCGAUGUGGGGAUGGUUUUGAGGUGGAGAGGGUGGCGAAGCAUGGAGACGGCGUGGGUAAUGAAGAUAAAUGAAUUUCGAAGCUGGGUCAUCUUGUGGGAAGGAGCUGUUCUGUUGUUUUCAUGUGGGGGGGAAUUUGUGACAAAUGGUGAAGGUGAAGUGAGAUAUAAUGGAGGUGGCGUGAGGUUAAGAAGCAUUAAGGAUGGGCUGACACUUGAUGAAUUGAGGCUAAUGAUAUCUGAGUGGAUUGGUGGUGAUGGAAGAAAUUAUGACAUUAAGUACACAGUGGCCUUUGAUGAGAAGACAUUGAUUGACCUUCAUGACAAUGCUGAAAUGUAUAACCUCUUUCAAUACAAUGGGAACAGCGGUCAUGUGUAUGUGACCGAAAAAAGACAACUCAGUGAAGAAAAUGCUCGUGAAUGUGACAAUGAUGAAAUAAGUGGGCCCCCUAAUGUGGAUAAAUCUAUCGGAGCUGAAGAUACGGAUGGUAGUGAGAUGGUUCAUGCGGAAUGGAGGGGACUUUUAACAGGAGUGGGCCAACGUUUUCCUAGUGCAGAUGUAUUUCGGGUGUCUGUAUACAAGUUUGCACUUGCAAACAAGUUUGUGGCCAAGUAUAUGAGGAAUAGCAAGGAAUUCAUGUCGAUAAGGUGUAAAGUUGAGGGUUGUCCAUGGAAGCUAUGUGCAAAUCAUGUGGGGAAGAGUUGUGAUGUGCUACGAGUGACGACAUUUAUAAACCGGCAUGUUCAUUCUGCCCAAGAUAGCUUGGACGUGAUGCAUAGUGGAAGAGCUAGUUUGAACUCAUCAAUAAUAAUUGAUGAGAUGAGGGAUCAUGCAGACAAGCGCACUUCUAAGAUAAGGAAGAGGUUGAAACGAGAGUAUGGGAUUGAUCUAACAUAUAAACAGGCUUAUAGAGCAAGAGAGAAGUCACUGGAAGACAUAUAUGGCAGGCCUGAACAAUCAUACAUGCUCAUACCAUGGGUAUGCGAAAGGAUAAAGGAAACAGAUGAAAAAUCAGUGGCUGAAUGGACUGCUAUUGGGAACCGGUUUGAGCGUGUUUUCAUUGCCUAUGGGGCAUGCAUUGAGGGUUUCUUGGGUGGCGCGAGGCAUAUUAUGUAUGUUGAUGGAACUCACUUAAGCGGACCAUACAAGGGGACAAUGUUGUCAGCUUCAGCUUAUGAUGCAGAUAACGAGCUGCUGCCAUUUGCAAUUGCAAUUGUGAAGGGAGAAACACUAGAUGACUGGACGUUUUUUCUAUAUGAUAAAAAAAAUCCUGGGUUCUGUGGAAGUAACGAUUGUAUCAGAUCGACACAAUGUUAUCAUCGGAGGAGUGGCAUCAAUCUUUGGGGGUCAAAGACAUGCCUUUUGUUAUAG